AUGAAUACUCUGGAAAGUUCGGAGGGGCAGGAGCUGGAAAAUGCAGGGAGCGAAGCCUGGGACAACCCUGCCUACAGUGGUCCGCCCUCCCCACAUGAGAUGCUGAGGAUCUGCACCAUCUCCAGUGCGGUGCCCCCCCAGCCCCAGCUCACGAAGCCUGAAGACAGACUCCAGGAGAAGGCACACAGGACCCUGGUGUCCAGCUGUUGCCUCCAGAUUUGCCGAGGCAUCAGAGGACUUUGGGGAACAGCCCUGACUGAGAACACAGCUGAGAACCGGGAACUUUAUAUCAAGACCACCCUGCGGGAGCUUUUGGUGUACAUCGUGUUCCUGGUGGACAUCUGUCUCGUGACCUACGGAAUGACAAGCUCCAGUGCCUAUUACUACACCAAAGUGAUGUCUGAGCUCUUCUUACAUACUCCAUCAGACACCAGCAUCUCCUUCCAGGCCAUCAGCAGCAUGGCAGACUUCUGGGAUUUCGCCCAGGGCCCACUACUGGAUGGUUUAUAUUGGACCAAAUGGUACAACAACCAGAGCCUGGGCCACGGCUCCCAUUCCUUCAUCUACUAUGAGAACCUGCUGCUGGGGGCUCCAAGGCUGCGGCAGCUGAGGGUCCGAAAUGACUCCUGUGUGGUGCAUGAGGACUUCCGCCAGGACAUUUUGAGCUGCUACGCCGUCUAUUCUCCAGACAAGGAAGAGCAGCUUCCCUUUGGGACCCUCAAUGGCACAGCGUGGACAUACCAUUCACAGGAUGAGCUGGGAGGCUCCUCUCACUGGGGCCAGCUCACAAGCUACAGUGGAGGUGGCUACUACCUGGACCUUCCAGUAUCCCGACAGGGCAGUGCAGAGGCCCUCCGGGACCUUCAGGAAGGCCUGUGGCUAGACAGGGCCACUCGGGUGGUCUUCAUUGACUUCUCAGUCUAUAAUGCCAACAUCAAUCUUUUCUGUGUUCUGAGACUGGUGGUGGAAUUUCCAGCUACAGGAGGUGCCAUCCCAUCCUGGCAAAUCCGCAUAGUUAAGCUGAUCCGCUAUGUCAGCAACUGGGACUUCUUUAUCAUUGGCUGUGAGAUCAUCUUCUGCAUCUUCAUCUUCUACUACGUGGUGGAGGAGAUCCUGGAGCUUCAUGUCCACCGACUUCACUAUCUUAGCAACAUCUGGAACAUUCUGGACCUGGUGAUCAUCUUGCUCUCCAUUGUAGCUGUGGGCUUCCAUAUAUUCCGAACUCUUGAGGUGAAUCAGCUGAUGGGGAAGCUCCUGCAGCAACCAGACACAUACGCUGACUUCGAGUUCCUCGCCUUCUGGCAGACACAGUACAACAACAUGAAUGCUGUCAACCUCUUCUUUGCCUGGAUCAAGAUAUUCAAGUACAUCAGCUUCAACAAAACCAUGACCCAGCUCUCCUCCACGCUGGCCCGCUGUGCCAAGGACAUCCUGGGCUUCGCUGUGAUGUUUUUCAUCGUUUUUUUCACCUACGCCCAGCUCGGCUACCUGCUUUUUGGGACCCAAGUGGAAAACUUUAGCACUUUUAUCAAGUGCAUCUUCACUCAGUUCCGGAUCAUCCUUGGGGACUUUGACUACAAUGCCAUCAACAAUGCCAACCGCAUCCUGGGACCUGCCUACUUUGUCACCUACGUCUUUUUCGUCUUCUUCGUGCUUCUGAACAUGUUCCUUGCUAUCAUCAAUGACACAUAUUCAGAGGUCAAGGAGGAGUUGGCUGGACAGAAGGAUGAGCUACAAAUUUCUGACCUCCUGAAACAGGGCUACAACAAGACCCUUCUGAGGCUGCAUCUCAGGAAGGAACAGGUUUCGGAUGUGCAGAAGGUCCUGCAGGGCGGGGAGCAGGAAAUCCAGUUUGAGGAUUUCACUAACACCUUGAGGGAACUGGGGCAUGCAGAGCAUGAGCUCACUGAGCUCACAGCUGCCUUCACCAGGUUUGACCAAGAUGGGAAUUGUGUCCUGGAUGAGAAGGAGCAGGAACAAAUGCAACAGAACCUGGAGAAGGAGAGGGUGGCCCUCAGUGCUGAAAUUGAGAACUUGGGCCAGUCCAUUGUGAGGAGUCCACCAGGCAAGUUUGGUCCAGAGGCUACUGGAGCAGGUGACUGGGUCGCAGGAGAAGAAUUCUACAUGCUCACAAGGAGAGUUCUGCAGCUAGAGACUAUCCUGGAAGCAGUCAUGGCCCAGGUUGAUGCUGUGGGCUCAAAGCUAAAUCUGCUGGAGAGGAAGGGGCAGCUGGAUCCCUCCCCAGGCAUAGUGAGCAAUUGGGAGCACCUGCAGCCAGCCCCAGCUGUGACUCCAGCCCCCUGGGGAGUUUAG